AUUUAAGACUUAGAUCUUCAACUACUUCCGAGAGGGUCUCAUGCUACGAUACGAGUAGAAUACAUAGGGGUAUAAUCCGGGUAAACCAGAUUAAAUUUUGAUGUAUAUCUUUUAUUGGAAACCUACAAAGUACCAAUACUGAUUGCAGGAGCAGACCUUUUUGAGAUUCAUUCUUGCAUUCUAGUCUAACUCUUCUUUCUGUCUGUCACUGGAUCUCUACUACUUGACUUGCGACUUGAGCUAGCAUACUGAGAUUGGAGUUUAGCUUUAUAUGGUAAUGAUGACAAUCCCGAUCUUCUUAAAUCUCUUUCAACACCAAACUUGUGCUAUCUGAUCUUCUUAAAUCUCUUUCGACACCAAGCUUGUGCUAUCGCUAAAAGUUUUAUCUCGGCAAAUCUUACUCUUCGAUUGUCAGAAGUUCUCAUCUUGCCAUGUUUUUGAAUUGGUCUUUCCUUGACCAUCUUAUGGACUGCAUAUAUAAAUAAGAACUUAUGAAAUGAUAAGUUUUUCAUAUGUGAGAACUGGCGCCAAAGCAUUAGAGUAAAUUGAUUUCAAGUGGAUUAUUUGCCGCUUGCCCAUUUCUCCCCAAGCACAAGAAAUGGUGCUACUUGUACCAUUUCACAAAUAUAUUCAUUCCUAACUCUUAUCCUUCUUGUUAUACCUCACAUCCAUCUUAACUCUCCCACACUUCAAGUUUUUAGAUGAGUUGCACUUCUUGGGCUCCUAUUCAUUCCCAACUUCAAGUUUUAUUUUUCCUGGAAAAAUUAUUUGGAAUUUAUAUGCUCAUAGGAAUGAUGAACGGUACCCAUUUUGUGGCAUUCUGAAUUCAGGAAAAUAGAAAGCUGUUAUUUAUGUGCUGCUUGUGGGUGUCUAUAUUCUUAAAGUUUCAUAAGGUGUUACCAGCAUUGCUACAAACCAUUACAACCAAGUCACCAACGAUCUAGUUGGUGUGACCCAAAAACUGGGUGCAUUUGAGACCUAGAUCUUUCAAAUCGUCAACUCCAAAUUGUAAUAACUUAAUCCUAGCCCUAAUUAACCCUAUCCUCAAAUUGAAACUUUCACUUUGACUAAUUCACACUUGUUCAUGUGGCAUUUGCAAUUUAUUUUGGUGGUUCAUUACCUAUUGUACUUAAGAACUUGAACAGUUUCUUCAGUGUCAGAUGCAUAUAUCUUGAUGUUCAUUUGUUUAUAUUAUGGAGAUAAAUAUGAUUUCACUGGAUGGGUUUGGUUGCUCUUGACAGCAUCAAGGAAAAAAUUAUACUUGGCCAAAUUGUUGAGAAAGCUGUUGCCUGCAAAGCUUGGUUAACAGAGAGAGUGGAUUUUGUGUUAGGUUACCUUGAUGAAGAUCUCAGCAUAGCUGCUAAAAAUAUUUCUGUUGCUUUGAAGGCAGUAGAAGUGGCAGGUGUAUAUGAUCAUCAAGGUAGCUGCAAAUUGGAGCUGGCAUUAGCAAGAAAUUCAUGGAGAGUCACAGCCCAGGGACUAUUAGAAGGUCCACAUAAGCCCAAGAUUCAACAAAUUCAGCAGCAUUUGAAAGCGGGACUUGCCAUAAGCAUACCUCCAGAAGAUUACUUCAGGCAGAGACUCACAGAAGUGAGGCACAUUGGCUUGCAGUGGGCAGAUAAAGCCAAGAAGGUUUCGGUGGAUUCUGGGGCACUUGGAUUGGAUAAAGUGUUUGAACUUAUGAUGGAGGGUGAAAAUUUGACAAUUCAAUUUGACAAGGAACUUAAGUUGUUGAGGGAUCGAAGUAUGCUUUACUGCAUAUGUCGGAAGCCCUAUGACCAAAGAGCAAUGAUUGCUUGUGAUAAAUGUGAUGAAUGGUAUCACUUUGAUUGCAUUAAAUUAUCUUUGCCACCAAAGAUUUACUUCUGCCCUGCAUGUAAACUUCAAACGGAUGUGGAUUUAUGUGCAUCGCCAUCGUUGACUCAGGAGAGAUCAAGUGGCAGCAAAUUGGAAGAGCCUCAAACACCUUCACCACACCGCACAGAGCUGCGAAGAAAAUCGAAGAAACCCAAGUCCAGAAAGAGGAAGACAUUGGUGCCUGCAGACAGUGAUAGUUUGAAGCGUUCUAGUGGAACUGAGCGUUUGUUAUGGAGAAACCGGAAGCCUUUUAGAAGAGCGUCCCGAAAACGUGCUGAGCUUGAGAGUCUCUCCCCAUUUUUCUAUGUACGAACUAUUUCAUAG